AUGGCCCCCAAGUCCGACAGUACGGAAGGUAUCGUGCUCAACUUCGUCAAUGAGGUGAAUCAUUUGUCGAAUAUUCUACUGAUUCUAUCUUCUGUUGACCUCAGUUCAGCAGUGGCCUUUGAGUUUGUCGGAUACUUAGAAAUGAAACAUGUGUUCAUUUUAUCUGCCAUUGAUACACAAAUAUUGGGCGUCUUUCAAAAUAGACCAUUGAAUUCUCAAAAUGUAGCUGAUUUUUUGCAAAAGUUCAACCUCAAAAAGGCUGCAAUACAAAAAGCGCUGGACACUCUUGCUGAUACUGGGCGGAUAUCUUUCAAGGAGUAUGGUAAGCAGAAAAUAUACCUCGCUCGGCAGGAUCAAUUUGAGAUUCCAAACAGUGAAGAACUUAAUCAGAUGAAGGAAGAAAAUGCCAAACUACAAGAAAAGAUGGAUGAGCAAAAGAGGGCAAUUAGUGAGGUUGAACGAGAAAUUAAAGCUUUGCAGUCAAAUUUAACACUGGAAGAAAUAUGUGCAAAAGAAGCAAAACUGAAAAAGGAGGUUAAGGACAUGGAGGAGAAAUUGACAAAACUGCGGAUGGGUGUUACUCUGGUAAGCCCAAAGGAGAGAGAAGCUGUGGAAGGAAUGUAUACGGACACACUAACUCAGUGGAGAAGGCGUAAGAGGAUGUUCAAAGAUCUAUGGGAUGCUUUAACUGAAAACUCACCUAAGGAUCCCAAAGAAUUCAAGGAGGAACUUGGACUUGAAUACGAUGAAGAUGCUGGUGUGAGUUUGCAGUCCUUUGUUGAUCUAAUGCAACAUUGUAAGAAGCGUGCUCGGGGGCACUAACUCAUUCUGGGAAGUACACAUUCGAUCAAGUAUAGGCAAAUAUGUUGCUUCCUGAGGUAAAUAUGAUGCUUACAUGUGUAGUGUCUGCAUUUAUUUUUACGAAUCUAUAUAUGCUCCUGAAUUCCAGUAAAUUUUGUCUUUCC